UGUUCGAUGCAGGACAGACAGACACCCUCGCGCGUUUUUCCCAGAUUUAAGCCUUUAUUGCUUCUAAUAAUAAGAACAGGAGCGCGCGUGACGUCACGGGCACGCAAUUGGACUGCGUUGUUCUGCCAUGGGCGGCUAGUUUCACUUUAUUGGGGCUCUUUUUUUCCCGGCUCUCCUUCUUCUUCUGCGUGCGUCGCGUCGCGGCGUUGCAGAGCCUUGCCCGGGAUUUUCUGGACCCUUCGCGCGGAGGAUGAUCGUUCUGACUGAAAUUGAGUCAGGGAAGUGACUGUGCCAGAGAGAGCCUGGAGGGGCGACUACGCAAUUUCUCCUGCUGUCCGUACAAGGGCAGACGUCCAAUGCCUUGACAUGGGGAGGAACGAGUGCACCUGUUCAAUCGGCGAGCUGGCCAUCAGGCGGCUGGAGUAAGAGAAUUGGUUCUUUCUUAUUAGGAUUAGAAGGUGGAGUGGAGCCAUGUCCAGGCUGAAAGAACCAAAGGAACCCUUGUGGGUUCUCUCUGCCUUGACUGUACCAAACCUCGGCAAGUCUCUUUGGCUCUUCGUCUUGUCUUUGGGAUUUACAGUGGUCUUCUGCCAGCAAAUCCAGUACACCACGGUCACGACAAACUACGGGAAACUUCGGGGGUUCAGGGCAUCGUUGCCCAGUGAAAUUCUGGGCCCGGUGGAGCAGUACCUGGGCGUACCUUAUGCCAUGCCCCCUACUGGCGAGAGAAGGUUCCAAGCUCCCGAGCCACCCACAUCCUGGCCUGGCAUCAGGAACGCCACCCAGUUUGCCCCAGUGUGCCCGCAGUACCUGGAGGACAGGCUUUUACUGAGCGACAUGCUGCCCGUCUGGUUUACGGCCAACCUGGACACAGUGGCCACUUACGUGCAGGACCAGAACGAAGACUGCCUCUAUCUGAACGUCUACGUGCCCACGGAGGAAGACAUGGACGAUAACGACGGACUGAAGCCGGUGAUGGUGUACAUUCACGGCGGCUCUUAUGUGGAAGGCACAGGAAACAUGAUUGACGGCAGCGUCCUCGCCAGCUACGGCAACGUCAUCGUGGUCACCCUCAACUACCGUCUGGGGGUUUUAGGGUUCCUGAGCACGGGGGACCAAGCUGCCAAGGGGAACUAUGGGCUGCUGGACCAGAUCCAGGCUCUCCGAUGGGUGAAAGAGAACAUUCAGGCUUUCAACGGAGACCCUCGACGGGUGACGAUAUUUGGGUCUGGAGCUGGAGCGUCAUGUGUCAGCCUACUGACCUUGUCACACUAUUCGGAAGACCUCUUCCAGAAAGCAAUCAUUCAGAGCGGCACAGCCCUGUCCAGCUGGGCAGUGAACUACCAGCCGGCCAAAUACACCCGCAUGCUGGCUGAGAAGGUGGGCUGCAACGAGGACGACUCUGUGGAGCUGGUUCAGUGCCUCCAGAACAAGAAUUACAAGGAGCUCAUCGAGCAGAGCAUCACGCCUGCCAAGUACCACAUCGCGUUCGGCCCCGUGAUCGACGGAGACGUCAUUCCGGACGACCCGCAGAUCCUGAUGGAGCAAGGCGAGUUCCUGAACUAUGACAUAAUGCUGGGCGUGAACCAGGGAGAGGGCUAUAAGUUUGUGGAUGGUAUCGUGGACAGCGAGGACGGGGUCACCGGAAAUGACUUCGAGUUUGCUGUGUCGGAUUUCGUUGAUAACCUGUAUGGCUACCCGGAAGGAAAGGACACCCUGAGGGAAACCAUAAAGUUCAUGUACACGGAUUGGGCAGACAAGGAGAAUCCGGAAACCCGUCGCAAAACGCUGGUCGCGCUUUUCACGGAUCACCAGUGGGUGGCUCCGGCCGUGGCCACGGCGGAUCUCCACGCUCAGUACGGCUCACCGACGUACUUCUAUGCGUUCUACCACCACUGCCAGAGCGAAAUGAAGCCAGCGUGGGCAGACUCCGCCCACGGAGAUGAACUUCCCUAUGUUUUCGGGAUCCCGAUGAUUGGCCCGACUGAUCUUUUCAGCUGUAAUUUCUCCAAAAAUGAUGUCAUGCUCAGUGCUGUGGUUAUGACCUACUGGACUAACUUUGCCAAGACUGGCGACCCAAACCAGCCAGUUCCUCAGGAUACAAAAUUCAUUCACACUAAACCCAAUCGCUUUGAAGAGGUGGCCUGGUCCAAGUACAACCCUAAAGACCAGCUAUACCUGCACAUAGGUCUGAAGCCACGUGUCCGAGACCACUACAGGGCCACCAAGGUGGCUUUCUGGUUGGAGCUGGUGCCGCACUUGCACAACAUCAACGAACUGUUCCACUAUGUGUCGUCGACCACCAAGAUUCCACCUCAGGACACGACUCCCUUCUCGUACACCAAACGCUUGUCCAACAAGCUCUGGCCAUCAACCACUCGGCACCCUGGCGUUCCUGCAGGGAACACCAAGCAGGCCCCGGACCAGCAAAAGACUCCAGACCACGAUGACGGCACCGUGAUCAUCGAAGCUAGGGACUACUCCACGGAACUUAGCGUCACCAUCGCUGUCGGAGCCUCCCUGCUCUUCUUGAACAUCCUGGCCUUCGCAGCUCUCUAUUACAAGAAGGACAAGCACCGCCUGGAGUCCAGCCGGCGGCUGAGUCCUCCAAGGAACCUCGCCAACGACGUCGCCCGAGUCCCAAGCGAGGAGCUGAUGUCCCUCCAGAUGAAGCAACUGGAUCAUGACCACGAUCACGACUGCGAGUCGCUGCAAGGGCACGACAUGCUCCGGCUGACCUGUCCCCCGGAUUACGCCCUCACGCUGCGUCGCUCCCCGGACGACAUCCCCCUCAUGACCCCGAACACCAUCACUAUGAUCCCCAACUCCCUUUCAGGGAUACAGGCCUCGUACCACCCCUUUAGCACAUACGCCAACAGCACUCCCAGCAAUACUGGCCUCCCUCACGGACACUCCACCACCAGAGUAUAACUCGGUGGCAACGACUGUACAACAAUUAUUUAAGUCAAAGAGGGCGCGACCGGGCGCUAUUUUGUUACUGACUCUUGCUAUGAAUUCAAGAUCGAUUAACCUGUAUAAUGUGAACAGUGAAUGUAAUGAUUUUCACAUUUAUGGCGCAGCAAGUGAAGCUCAAAACUGAGCAACCAACUCUAUUUCAGUCUUUGGGAUACUACACAGUAUACGAAGACCCACGGUUUGCAUCCUGAUCUCUUUGAUUAGAUGGCGAAGGAAGCAGGUGAUGCAGCGUCUAAUGCGGCCUCGACGUUAAACCAAAUUUCACUACGAACAUCUUCGCUGCAAUAAAUAGUAUCUUGGCAAGUGAAACUGUCUCAGUUGAUCUAAUUUUACUUAUUUUGAAAUGGUUGUGCGCUUAUUAUAAGAUUAUUUACUCAUAGCUUAUUUCUAGACAUUUUUACUUCAAUAUUUAAUUUUAUUGAGUAAAGCUAUCUCACUAUACUGGCAGAUGAUUUCGCCUUUUUCAAGCACAUUCCUUAAAAUAAGCAAAAUGAUCUGCCAGUAUAGUCAGAGAACUUAUCAUAAAAUUGAAGUUACUUGGAAUUACUUAGAACUUUACUUAGAACUUUACUUAGAAGUUACUUAGAACAAGCAAACAUGUUUGGAAUUGAGUUAAAUAACCUUAAAAUAAGCUGACAACAACCUUAACAGGAGAAAUACUGAACUUAUCAACUAGACUUGAGAUCAUUUUACUUGACAAGACGCUCUUUUUUUUGCAGUGUAGUGACGCACCGAUACUUACUGGACAGAUCGGGUAUCAACCAGACGUGACCGAUUCGCUAUCAGUACUGUUUCUUAGUCACGGUUGCUCUUAAAUGAGUCUCGUUCCAAAACGCGAUAAGAUUCUCACUUUGUAGUUUUAUUAAUGGAACCGAACGCUGUAAAUAUAUUUAAUCAUUUUGAACGACUACCAUUAAGCUUGUCGCAAUCAUGGACUUUCAGCUGAUGAUUAAUUGUCAUAUAAAUAAUUGGAGUGCACAAUUUGAUUGUCUUUUUGUGUUCGUGGUAUGCAGCCAUUAAAAUUGCAAGCCCGAAGUGGCCGAACUGGCUGAUUUGAGCUAUUUUGGUUCCUAGCUGUUGAUACUUAGAUGACACACAAAGCUGAAAUAUACAAACAUUGCUCUAAAGUGUCAUCGCAGGAGUCAGAAGUCAGAAUUUUUGUUUGAUUUUGCUCAAAGGCUCCACAUCAACCCAUUCAUUUUGGACUCAGUCGGGAGCGCCCCCUAGUGUUUGAGAAACCCGGAAGACAUUACAGAGAGCGGGAAUUCUCCUCUUUACAAGUUCUCUGACUACGCUUCUCAACAAUGCAAACGUGUCAAAAUAAAAGCCCCUCUGAAGAACGCAUGUGAUAGUAAAAGCCCCUCUGUACAGGUCUUUUAUCUCACUUGAUUUGUUUAUAGGGGCUUUUAUUUUGACGAUGCAUUUCAAAGCAUAUUUCAAGUAGAAGAAGAAAAAAAAUAGCACUGAUAUUGGAUCGGUUCUCAGCAUCAGCCGAUAUCAUCGGUUGAGGUGUUUGAAUCGGUGCGUCCCUAGUAACGUCUUCGGCUCUUGGAUCAUCUUCUCCUUAGGAAGAUCUUAAUGAUCAACUUUAGAAGCAAUAGUAGCGUUAGCCAUGACCACCAUGACCACCAUGACCACCAUGACCACCAUGACCACCAUGGCUGCCUCGAUUUCAGAGAUCUCAUCUGUUUGGGGGGGUUUUUUGGGAACACUCGGGCGCCGCUCUCCGGACCCCUUUGUAGUAGUGACAGUGAAUGAUUGCUUUUUCUUUGUUGCUUCGUUUAUCUCAGUGCUGUUCCCUCCAGUUUCGUAUUGGCAUACGUUGCGAUUUGCACAUCAAACAGAUCAGGCAGAAGAGGUCUGAGUAACAGCCCCGUGUUUGAGUCUCGAGCUCGCACGGCUUAAAUCCCGGCAAAGAGAUCAGAGUGCAGUGUAAAUAUCUGUGCCAUGCGUUGAGCGCUCGUACUGUAAAUCCGAAGAGCUUAACUCCUAAGGGUGAUUGCCUUUCAACUCACGGUGAUCCCAUUUCUCACUCCAAAUAGUGUUAUUUUAGAGCCUAAAGUAUAAUGUAUAUAGCAUAGGAUAAGGUGCCGAAAGCUCCAGCUCUUCGUCUUGUUCCGCUUCUAAAGACUCUGUCAUUCCAUUCGCUUCACGUGCCAAGUUUGGGCUGACCGCUGACCGGCUGUCCGCCUCCUUUGUUUCUCAGCACGGUGAUGAUUUCCAAAAUCACACUUAAGAGUUUGGGGACACCAAACAAGCUCUCAGUACAGACUUAUAAGGUUUUGGCCCCCCUGGUCAAGUUACACUUAUUUUCUAAGUGAAAGUAUAAGUUAAUGCAGUCUCCACUGGGGGCACCCUUCAGCUGCACUAUUUACUAUAUUCACUGUUUACUCUAUAAAUGGGUCAUUCUAUAGAAAUUUCUGUUUCUGUGUCCCUAGUGUUUACUGAUAUAUCACACUUAAGGAAACAUGCAAGAUUCAGCAAUAUUGGUUUUUAAAUCAAUCAUCUAGAACUCCAAGGACCUCAGAAGAGCUCGUCCCCACAGCCGUGUGUGACGGCUGAGGCCACAUUUUGAAGAAAUAAAACACGUUUUUCUGCUAGUUUAACUGCAAUAAUCUCUACAUGACUGUGGAAAAUAUGAUUUAAAUGACACAAAGAAAACAAACGGCAACUAAUUAUUAUAAAAUCUAUAAUAAAA